AUGACCGAUCACGAAAGCAUUAGUGGAAGUACCAUUGAUUCGGCGCCGGAAAGAACCAGACUUUUAGGCACUCUUGCCGGUAUUGGAAAUAAUUGCAAUAACAUGAUUGGCGUUGGAAUAUUCUCAAGUCCCGGUCUAGUUUUAACAGAAAUUCAUUCUCCUGGGAUAGCAUUAAUUUUAUGGGCAGUGGGUGGAAUUGCCUCUUUAUUUGGUUCACUUACUUACGUAGAGUUAGGAAGCUCUAUAUCAGAUGGGGGCGGAGAAACUGUGUAUCUGGAAAAAGCAUAUCCUCGUCCUAAAGCUUUAUUUAGUUAUACGUUUAGUUUUACCAUGAUAGUGGCAAUACGACCAGCCUUUAUAUCCGCUGUCUCAAAUAUUUUCGCGCAAUAUCUCUUAUAUUUAAUUAGCGUAAAUGAGCGUGAACUGCAUCCAAAUAAAUAUAUCGUUGAUUGGACUUUUUGGCGAUUACGACUUUGUUCGUUAGCCGCAAUAUUUAUAGUUACGUUUUACCACAUUCAAUCUAACAAAUGGGCAAACCAUAUAAAUCAAACGCUCACAAUUAUAAAGACAUUGACACUGCUUGUGAUAUCGAUUAUUGGAUUAGCAACAAUUCCUCGGGUUAUUAAUGAUACAGAUACGAAUUGGAAGAAUAUGUUUCCUAGUAAUGCGAAAAUUAGUGCAAGCUCUUUGACUGCAGCACUUAUUCCUAUUUUAUUUGCAUAUGACGGAUGGAAUAAUUUAAAUUAUACUUUGGAUGAAUUCGUCGAUCCUCAAAGGAAACUAAAAAGGUCAAAUAGUCUUAGCGUCAUUAUUGUUACUUUUUUGUACCUUUGUGCUAAUAUCGCAUAUACGAACGUACCAUUAUCAGAAAUAACGAACUCUAAUGAUCCUUCAGAAAUUAUUGCUGGCAAAUUCGCUUUACAAGUCGGCGGUUUUAAUUUAGCUCGUGCAUUAUCCUUUUUCGUCUGUUUAUCAGCUUUUGGAGUAUUGGCCGCAAAUAUAUGGGCUGGAUCGCGAGUAAUUGUAGCCGCUGCUAAAAGAGGAUACAUUCCUUUCUCAUCAAGGUUACGACAAUGGAAUCGAAAUAAAGAUACCCCAGAUGUUGCAUUGAUAACACAAGCAGUUUGGUCUUCAUUGAUUGUUAUCUUUUAUCCACAUAAUGAUCCAUUUAAAUUUUUUGUUAACCUGAGCGAGUAUUGCGUGUGGAUAUUUUUGUGUCUGAGUGCUUUUGGAUUAUUGUAUAUGCGCCAUACUCUACCCAACCUAAUACGUCCGUUCAAAGUGUGGAUCGCGAUACCUGUAAUAUUUAUUAUAUUCGCAUUAUUUAUCAUAAUUGGGACUUUUGUAAACGAUAACGCACAAGCAAAUCAGCAAUAUCCAUAUUACCUCCCUUAUGUUGUCAGUUUUGGGGUAAUAGGAGUUGGUGGAAUUUGUUGGCAUUUUUUAUACUCGUUAGGUUAUCAGAUUAGACUACAGAGAAGAACAGCACCUACUACUGCUACCAGUACACCACAUAUUUCGAUGGAAGAUGUGCGAACUCGAACACCUGUAUCACCAUCAGAAGAAAAUAAUUCAAAUGGUUCCCUUAGUGAUUAA